AUGACCGAGAAACAAUUGGACGCAGCUUUGGACUUGAUGAGAAGAUUGCCACCCUCACAGAUCGAGGAUAACUUGGCCGGUCUCAUCGAUAUGGUGCCAGACUUGACUGAGGAUCUCUUGUCAGCAGUUGACCAGCCCCUUAAGGUCGCCUACGACUCUGUCUCCAAGAGAGACUACUUGUUGUGCGAUUAUAAUAGAGAUGGAGAUUCAUACAGAUCACCAUGGUCGAACAAGUAUGACCCACCCAUCAGCGACUGCGCUCUCCCAUCUGCCAAGUUGAGAGAGAUUGAGAUUCAAGCCAACGAGGUGUUCGAUAUCUACCGUGAGUUAUAUUUCGAGGGAGGUGUAUCCUCUGUCUACUGCUGGGAUCUCGAUGGAGGUUUCGCCGCUGUAGUCUUGAUCAAGAAGACUCAAGAUCAAUCAAAGAAGGGUCAACCAAUGAGAGGUACAUGGGACUCUAUUCACGUCGUUGAAGUCAAGGACAUGAAGAAGAACGCUCGUUAUAAAUUGAUCUCCACCAUUAUGUUAUCGAUCGAGACCGAGAAUGAUGCCACCGGAAAGGUUAACCUCUCUGGCAGUUUGACCAGACAGGAGGAGAAGGAGUUCCCCGUCAACGACGUCGACACCCACGUCACCAACAUCGGUAAGAUGGUCGAGGAGAUGGAGUCCAAGUUGCGUCUGACACUCGAGACCAUCUACUUUGGAAAGACCAAGCAGGUCGUCAACGACCUCCGUUCAGCCACCGGCUCUUCAGAGCUCGAGAAGAGAAAGAACCUCUCCAACCAGAUCGGUUCUGCUCUCAGCCAACGUCAAUAA